AUGAACAGAACAGAGCAGAGCCCAACAAUCCGGUCGCGGCAGACGGCGGCGCGACGCUGCUCGUCGGAGUCGGAGCUUGGAUAUCUAGGGUUCCUUCCGAUGCUGGCCGCCCGAGACCUCCCGCCGACCUUCCACCCGCACGGCCGCCCUGCUCCGGCGGUCGACGACAUCGCGCCGCGCCUCCGGCAGCUCCGCAGGCUGCUGCUCCCCGAGCUCGUCGCCCGCGUCGCCGAGCUCCAUGCCGAUGAGGCCAGCCCCGUGCGCAAGCAUGCCGCCGAGAUGAUUGGUGAGAUUGGGUCGAAACACAUGGUCUAUCUACCCGAUAUGAUCCCUUGUUUACUGCACCUUCUGAAUGAUGAGACACCUGCAGUCGUCAGGCAAGCUAUUAAAACAGGAACCAACUUGUUUGCCAAAGUACUAGAACAACUAGUUAUCCAGGGUUUGUUCUCAACUGGAGGGAUUGACGAUUCACUAAAAUUGUCAUGGGAAUGGCUGCUCAAGUUUAAAUCAGCGGUGUCACUCAUGGCAUUCAAGACCACCAGCAAUGAAGGGGUCAGGUUAUUGGCUGUUAAGUUUGUUGAAAAAACAGUUCUUAUCUACACACCGGAUCCUAAUAUCCCAUCAGAUCCACCAAACGAAGCUACAGAAGAUAUGGGAUUCAAUGUAGCAUGGUUACGGGGAGGUCACCCUUUGCUUAAUGUUGGGGAUCUGGCCAUGGAAGCCAGCCAGAGCCUCGGAUUGUUGCUAGAGCAGCUCAAGUCUCCUAAAGUAAAAUCACUCAGUACUUCCAUGAUCAUUGUCUUUGUUAGUAGUCUCUCAGCUAUUGCCCAAAGAAGACCCUCCUUUUAUGGGCGCAUACUGCCAGUUUUACUUUCCUUGGAUCCAGCAAGUUCCAUUAUUAAAUUGCAAAUCCCAGGUGCAUUCCAUGCUUUGAAGAGUGCCUUCUCUGCAUGCCUGAAAUGUACACAUUCAAGUGCUGAGCCGUGGCGAACACGCCUAUUGGAAGCUCAAAAUAUUAUGACCCAGGGGGAUUCAAUAGAACAUUCGGAAAAUGCUGCUAGGAAUUUUGGGGACACAUCAAACAGAGAAGAAUCAUGUCCUCUGAUGGAGAGAAGCACUGACAGUAGUAACAAGCGGAGUCUGGCCAAGGGCAUGAAUAAUAUGCUAGAAGAUGAUGGUCAUUCCAGUAAAAGAGUCAGGCAAUCACACGAUGCUCAAGAACAUACUGAGGAGGCAAACAAGAGAAAUGUUGAAUCAACCUCUGUUGAUGCCACAUCUAGCCAGCCCAUCCUUACAAGAACCGGGAACUCUGAAGCUGUGUACCAAUUAAUUGGUAUGUUUGCUGCAAUAGCUGCACAAGGUGACAGAGUUGCUGGGUCACUGCAAAUCCUUUCAUCAAGUAUUGCUAGUGACUUGUUAGCAGAGGUGGUAAUGGUUAACAUGCAACACAUGCCUGUUUCUCGGCCUGAAGUUGAUCAACAACAACUUCCUUCAACUAGCUCUGGAGAUGGACUUCCAUCUUCAAGUUCCUUUCCUCUGUUGGCAUCACUAUUGAAGAGAGCAAAUCAAAUUGAUCAAGAUGAAGUGCUUCCAGCUAAGGAUUCUGCUGUAGUGCCAUCUGUUGCUGAUGACAUCACAACAUUUCCUGCUAGUUCUCCAGUUCCUACCUCAGUAAAUCCACCUAUGGAAGAUAACAGUAACAGGCGAACAGUUCCAUUAGAUAUAGAAACAGCAGAGGCCAAAGUACCCAGUGCAGGUGUCACUAGUUCGAUUGAUAUUCUAGAAUCAUCAGAAGCUUCCCAUGCUUCAACAGAACCUCAGGGAACCCAAGAGCAUGCUGGCAGUUUUAUCAGUUCAUUGCCUGCUGAUAAUUCCUCAGUGGGUCUUAGUUUGGUACAAUCGUCAGAAACUCACAGCCCAAGCUCUUCUACAGUAGAAGCAAACCAGUCACAGCUUUCUUCUUUGAAUGCCCUUAAUUCACAAUACAUUCUUCCAAAGUUGGUUGUGAGUAAUAUUGAUAUCAGUGAUGAGGCCAAAGAUCUCCUUCAAAAAGAGGCAUUUGUGCGGAUUCUUGAGAGUGAUAAGCAACAAACAUCUGGUGGUUCACUUGCUCGCCUUCCAUUGCUUGCUCAUUUGGGUGUUGAGUUUCCUUUGGAAUUGGACCCUUGGGAGCUUCUCCAAAAGCAUGUGCUAUCUGAUUACGUAAACAAUGAGGGACACGAGUUGACUCUAUGCAUCCUGAACAGGUUAUAUCGUGAGGCAGAGCAGGAUCAGGACUUUCUUUCAUCUAGAACUGCAACAUCAGUUUACGAAUCUUUUCUUCUGAGCGUAGCUGAAAAUCUUCGAGAUAUGUUUCCAGCUUCAGAUAAAUCACUUGGCAAAUUGCUUUGCGAGAUACCAUACUUACCGGAAGGUGUAUUAAAGCUGCUAGAAGGUUUAUGUUCUCCUGGAAGUAAUGAGAAGCAGGACAAAGAUAUUCAAAGUGGUGAUAGAGUAACUCAAGGUCUCAGUGCUGUCUGGAACCUUAUCAUGAUUAGACCUUCAAAUCGGGACAAAUGUCUGGAGAUUGCUUUGCAGAGUUCAACCCAUCAUUUAGAGGAGGUCCGCAUGAAGGCUAUACGUUUGGUAGCAAAUAAACUAUUUCCUAUGGCAAGCAUUUCCAAAAAGAUCGAAGAUUUUGCAAAUGAAAAACUUAAUUCAGUUCUGGAAGUGAUUCCAUCUGCUGAUUCUGCAGCUACUGAAAGGGCUACACCUGAAGCACACAAAGAUGUUGGAUUAGAAAAUUUAUCAGCUUCAGUGGCAGAUGCUCAAACUCUGAUGUCGCUGUAUUUCGCAUUGUGCACCAAGAAGCAUUCCCUUCUCCGACAUGUAUUUGCAAUAUAUGGUAGUCUACCACAAGCUGCCAAGCAGGCAGUCCACCGACAAGUACCAAUUCUGAUUCGCACAAUAGGCUCUUCUCGUGAUCUUCUUGGGAUCAUCUCAGAUCCACCAGCUGACUGCCGGGGCCUCCUCAUGCAGGUUUUACAGACUCUCACUGAUGGAGCAGUUCCAUCUCAAGAUCUGAUUUCUUCCAUAAAGAUCUUAUAUUCAAAAACAAAGGAUAUUGAGUUCCUUUUUGCAAUCUUGGCUCAUCUGCCAAAAGAUGAGGUCCUGCCUGUGUUCCCCAGUAUUGUUAAUCUUCCUAUCGAUAAGUUUCAAACUGCCCUUUCACGAAUCUUGCAGGGAUCACCACGAAAUGGCCCUUCUCUUGAUCCAUCAGAAAUUUUGAUUGCGAUUCAUGUAAUAGAUCCUGAUAAGGAAGGAAUAGCACUCAAAAAGGUUAUAGAUGCGUGCGCUGCUUGCUUCGAGCAAAGGACAAUUUUCACCCAGCAAGUUUUGGCAAAAGCACUAAAUCAACUGGUUGAACAGAUUCCUCUUCCUUUGCUAUUCAUGAGGACUGUUAUGCAAGCAAUAGGUGCUUUUCCUGCAUUGGUGGAUUUUGUGAUGGAGAUCAUGUCACGGCUUGUUAGCAAGCAGAUCUGGAAAUAUCCUAAGUUAUGGGUAGGAUUCCUGAAGUGUGCUAUCUUGACGAAACCUCAGUCAUAUGGUGUGUUACUGCAGUUACCAGCUCCUCAACUUGAAAAUGCCUUGAGUAAGAAUCCCACACUGAAGGCACCUUUGGUUGAGCAUGCCAACCAGCCAAACGUUCGAUCAACCCUUCCAAGGUCUACCUUGGUGGUUUUGGGUCUUGCUGAAGAGCAGCAACAACAGCCGCCACCACCAGCAACUCAAGCACAAAGUAGCCAAAACCAGGCUGCAGAAACCAGUAGUUCUGCUGCAGAUACCACUACAGAAGUAACCCAGGAAUCUUCCGCUGUCAGCUAACAUCCUUUUAUGCAGCGCUGGAAAGUGUCAAUAGGUAAUCCCAUCGUGUACCACCCAAGAUCCUGUCUGUUGGUUUGAUACAUCUCACUGGCUUUGCUAUGGUUAUGCUGGAAAGGAGGCAUUUUGACAAUUUUUCCAGCUAAUGAAGAGAUGUUGUAUUUAUGGGAGAUGAUGAUGGCAGCACCCGCCCCGCAUAGUGAAUCUGUAUGUCACCUUACCUUGAAUAGUGAAAGGAGCCCCGUUAUUUAACUUUUGGUAGACUAUAUUUCCAAGCCAAUAGAUAGGUGGGGCUGCUAUAUUCGUAGUGGGACAGACAUGUUCUUUCUGCUGACUUGUAAUGGAUUUACAGCCAGUAAUCUAUGUUUGUGUAAAGAUUCACCAUGAUAGUCAAGUUUCAGAUUCUGUGUAUCAGGUGCUCUUAAAGAAUUCUGUGUCAGGAUAUGCAUUUGCCUUCA